UGUUUGGCGCCCUCUACAGGUGAGCAAACGAACCGUCGCGAUCACCCGGAAGUAGAUCCCGUCUCCCUCAGGUUACACGUGCUGAAGCUCCGCUCGGUCCAACAUGGGGAAGUCCAAACAAAUAGGAAACCACAAUAGCGACAAGAAGAAGAACAUCUCAAAGAAGUGGAAGACGAAGCGCCGGACCAAAGACCUGGACCAGAUCCACUCGGACAUGAAGCCGGAGACGGCGGCCAGGCUGCUGCGUCAGGAGGUGGACUACGACGUGACGGGCUGUGCGCAACACUACUGCCUACACUGCGCGAGAUACUUUGUUGACAUGAGAUCCUUGAAAGAGCACUUCAGAACCAAAUUGCACAAGAAACGGUUAAAGCAGCUGCGGGAGGAGCCGUACACCCAGGCGGAGGCAGAGCGAGCGGCGGGGAUGGGCUCCUACAUCCCACCAAAGACCGUAGAAGUGCAGACGCAGCCCAUCGAAGAGGACAUGGACUGACGGCUGAUUACGUUAAUGCAUGGACUCAAUAAUAAAAGCAACGCAUUCACCUUUUGCCAGAUGCAAAGGUGAAUGCGUUUUUGUGACAGCUUAUAAUCUUUUGCCACAUGUAUCCAUGUAAAUGCAUACGUGACAGCAGAAUAUAGAAUAAUAAACUCCAUGUAGAUUCAUAUGGCGUCUGGGAGGCUGCAGGAGGAAACGUUCUGCUGGAGGGAGGUUUCUGUCUCCAUGUGAGGGAUAAACGGCACGAUUUAUAGGUUUCUCUCCGAUCAGGGAUCCUUUACGCUCUUCUAAUCAGUCUGGAAUACGCUUCAAACAUUUUCCAAAUCUGGAUUAAAAAGAAACUGAUAACAGUAUGUUCUUUAUUCUGAUAUGUAUCUCUAAGAAGUAAAGUGCUUCUUACAGUGAUUUGUAUCUAAUUUCCCUUCAUUUUCUAAUUGCCAUGAUUUCACCUGCUAAACUCAUUAACCCUGUAAAUUCAUGCAGGUAAUUGUCAGUAAACCACAUUUUUAAAAAAAUUAAAUCUUUUUUGGUUGGCUGUUUAAAAAAAAAACUGUCAGGCUUUCAAAAUUUCUUUAUAUCAUAAUUGAUACAUUAGACCAAAAAAUAAAUUUUCCUCAUAUUUUCAGCAUUUUUAUGAAGGGUGUGUAAAAUAUUCAUUUGUGUGUUUAGUAAAAUACCGACUUUGUUGAAGAGGUAGGGGUCUUAGAAAUAUAUCAUAAAUUAUACACAAGGAGAUAGAGGGUUAAUCGUUUUGAGUGUUUUAAUUAAUGUUAUGCUUUAGCAUAUGAACAAAUUUGUUUUGAAAGUAAAAAUGUGAAGAUAAUAAAUUUAGGUAAAAAAAAAUAAUUUUCGAGAUUCUUAAUAUUUGGAGUUGGGAGGAAAUAAAGGGGAAGCAUUUGGAAAGCGUGUAAUAGAAACAUCCUUUAUUUUCCCUCGGUGGGGAAAUUCAGGUCUAAUUAGAAGAAAAGUGAAAGGCAACUGGAAGCAGAUUCUCCAAGUUAUUGAGUUUGUUGGGAGCAGUUAUGGAGACUUACAGCUGCUGGAAGGACGGAUUAACGCUCCUCUGUGGGAAUCAGAAUAGUUGAAAUAAGAUUUCAAAACAUCAAAAUUUAGUACCUUGCAAAAGUACUCAUAUACCUGGAUGUUUUCCACAUUACAACAACGAACACUAUUUUAUACGGAGCCCCUAAAGGGACAAUGAAAA